CCCCUCAUAGACACAACAGAAGAGCGCUAACUACCAAGCAAAGAUCAACGUGGAAGCUUUGAAGAUGAAAAUUGUCAUUGUAUCUAGUUUACUAGCCUUUACACUUUUGUGUAUGUCUCAAUGUUUUGUUCAGGGAGCAUUUAUGCCGGAGCAUCCACAGACAUCCUUUUGCAGGGCGGAUUUUGUCGUUCGAGUGAAAGUGCUGGGAAUGAUCAAAAGGGACGACGAGGUACCCACAACGCAAGCUUCAGCGGGUGAUAAGUUUACGCUUCCUCCCACGACUGAGACGCUUGUAGCGGACACAGACGCCCCAGAAACGAAGACUGCUUCCCCUCCGAGGGUUCAGAAAAUUGGUGAUUUACCGCCACAGAGCAAUAACAGCGAUGUUGGGUCGCUUCUAGGUUUCAUCUUUGGCCGGCACAAGCGAAGUAUCGGAAUACGAGGUGCCCCACCUCCUGGAGGAGAAAUGCGGUACCGUCCAAUAGGCGGAAAAGGCCGCGACAAGGGAAUGAUGUACUAUGAUGUUCUAAUAAAGAAAAUCUUCAAGGGUGAAGACAGAGUGCGGAGAACCAAAAGAACUUUUGUUGAUGCCGCCAAUCCAUCUCGAUUGUUUGCAAGGAUUUACUUCUCCAGUCAUCACGGUCAGGACCUGGUACCGGGUGAUGCUUACAUGCUUUCUGGUAGAAUCAUGGGUAAUGAAUUGGUUCUCCCAUCGCGAGGCUGCUGGAUGCAAAAAUGGCGUGACCUGUCCAGAGAUCAAAUUCACGGUCUGAGUAAGGUCUAUGCGGAAAACUGCGAGUGCAUGAUCCAGUUUUGCAUUCCUGGUCUUUGUGCAUCUAUGCCUGAGUCUCAGUUGCGGUGUAACUGGGAAUUGCAAAACUUUAGGCAACCAAGAAGGGAUUGUGGAGCAAUGCACAACACAUGCGUCAAUAAACAUGGUCAAUGCCAGUGGAAAAUAGGCAAAGGAUAUGAUUCUUGUACAAAACCCUCGGAACCUCUCCCAUAAGACAGAAGACGGAAGGAUUUUCUCGGAGACUAAAGUACUUUCGGGAUCUUUCCCCGCACAGUUUUACGUCGCUGUUUUUCGCGUAACAAGGACUUGUAGAGAGGAGACAGUGGACGCGACAAAGAAAUGGAUAAUAAACAAAGAACACCAGUUAACUUUCUAGUGUUUGCUUUAGUGUACAAAUAUUUCCCAGACUGAAUGGUCCUCGUUAGCUGUAGAAGAACGACACACACGCUCAUAGUUGUAAGAAGAAACCUCAAUAAUUUCCAUUCACUUACAACCACAUAACCUUGAGAGUCAGCCGCUGUUCAGGAAAUGAGCCAGCACUGUUUUUUUUUUUUCUUUUCGGAAAGGAACAAAACCCAGACCAGAGAGAGCAGAAGAACCGAGCUUACUAGAAAUACUAAAGAUUUUGUUUAAAUUCAGGUAGAAGAUCAACUCUCUAUGUAAAAAGGAACCUUUCUCACACCCUUGUGGGAUAUAUCCCCGAUUACCAUUCGCCCGCGCGUGUUUGGUCUUAGGGCGUCAGUUCAUGUAACUGGGUGAUCUUCAGUUAAAAGAGAAGAUUUCCCAGGCGAUCGGUAUACCCAAAUUGUUAGAUUAACCACCACGGAAGCUGUCAUUAAAAACUAAAUGGAAAA